CAUAUUGGGAGUGAACCCAAACGUCCUCCUAUAGGUGUUUCCCGGCCCUGACGUCACAGGGCUUCUCCACAGGCUAUUGGCUGAGCAUGGAGAGGUGCGCUCAUCACAACUUGUCUCUCAGACCGAGAGCUCGCAGACGCGCGGGGGGCGACACAAGUGCUCCGUCUCCAUCCUACUGUAAACACCACUCGGGACAUAUUGAGCUGACGUGAUCGCCGUCGAUGGGUAGCCCCGUUUCUCCUUUUUCUAUUCCUAUUUUUUUUUAUUUCUUAUUUACCCUCAAAACCACACCCCUCGGAUCAGCCUGAUGGAGCGGCUCCCGAUCGCCAGUGUGUCACUUGGCUUCAGAAAUGCUGCCUGAUGGCGUCUCCCCCCAACACCAGCUGACCUUUUGUUUGGAGCCACGCGUGGAUUGUUGGCCUGCGGUUUAAUCUCGCGGAUGGCGACGGUGUGUGAUUGCUGAGAUUAUAUCUUGGAUGCGUUUUUGUUUUUUUGCCGGGGGAUUUUAUUGGAUCAUAUACCCAAUAGAGCGGGUCAACACCGACGCGACACGUUGGAGACAGACGCAGAGUGUUUGGUCUAUCCUGCGCGCGCGCGCACACACGCACGCACGCACGCACACACACACACACGAACACACACACACACGCCGCUGGGCAGGAGGGGAGAACUCCCGACGAUGCUGCAGUGUGCCAACUGCGAGAAGCCCAUCCUCGACAGGUUCCUGCUCAAAGUUCUGGACAGGCCGUGGCACAUCAAGUGCGUCCAGUGCUGCGAGUGCAAAUGCACUUUGACCGAGAAGUGUUUUUCACGAGAGGGGAAGCUGUACUGCAAGAAUGACUUCUUCAGGAGAUUCGGCACCAAGUGUGGCGGCUGCGCGCAGGGGAUUCUGCCCAGCGACCUGGUCCGCAGGGCGAAGAGCAGAGUGUUCCACCUCAACUGCUUCACGUGCGUCAUGUGCAACAAGCAGCUGUCCACCGGAGAGGAGCUGUACGUGCUGGACGAGUUCAAGUUCGUCUGCAAGGAGGACUACCAGAGCAGCAACGGCAAGGACACCGUCCUGCUCUCAGUCACGACGUCCAGCGACCCGAGUCUGUCCCCGGACUCCCCGGACCCGCGGGACGACGGCAAGGACUCGGAGACGGGACACCUGUCCGACAAGGACGCGUGCGGCAACGAGAACGACGAGCAGGGCGCCGUCGGCAAGCGCCGCGGGCCGCGCACCACGAUCAAGGCCAAGCAGCUGGAGACGCUGAAGGCGGCGUUCACGGCCACGCCGAAGCCCACGCGGCACAUCCGGGAGCAGCUGUCGCGCGACACGGGCCUCAGCAUGCGAGUCAUCCAGGUGUGGUUCCAGAAUCGCAGGUCCAAGGAGAGACGCAUGAAGCAGCUGAGCGCGCUGGGCUCGCGGAGACACGUGUUCUUCCGCGGCCCGAGGAGGAUGAGGGCGCUGGGGGAGCGAGCGGAGCCGGCGGAGCUCGGGCACUUCUCUUAUUACGGAGAUUACGGGGAGUACUAUGGCUCAGGGGGGAACUACGAGUACUUCCCAGGCCCACCAUCGUCCCAGGCUCAGACACCAGCAGACCUGGGCUUCGUGCCCUCCUCUGGCCCCGCUGGCACCCCAUUAGGGGCCAUCGACCAGCACCACCAGCACCACCACCACCAGCACCACCACCAUGCGGGCCAACACUGUCCAGAGGAGGUGCAGUGCUUCUCCGACUCGGUGUCCCAUCACCACCACCACCACCCCGUGGACUCGCCCAGCCCCGAGCCCGGGGGUCCGGGCUCCAUGCACAGCAUCUCCAGCGAGAUGUGUGGCCCCGGCACGCCCUACACCACGGUGUCCCUCAGUGACAAUGGCUACACCAACCAGCUGUCCCAGCCCUCCUCAGAGAUGAGCGAAGGCACAGUCUGGUAGUCCACCCUGACACCUGAGCGACAACGCUAGGCACACUUGGGUUUUUGACGGCAAAUCUAUGCUUUUGUUUCUUUUGUUUUUUAAAAUGCACUUUUAUUCAUUUAUUUAUUUAUUUAUAUUACAUUACUUAUUUAUUUAUUUAUUGACUUUCAUUUCUGCCAAGAUCUGUGUAUUUAUAAAUCUCUAUAUUUGUAUGUUGGUAUGAUUGUCUAUUGACUAGCCAAUUAAUAGUGCUUUUAAGAAAAGAAAAAUUCCAUGUGAAUUUGAUUCAUUACGUUCAUACAUUCAUCCAACUCUGAUCGAGCAAUAAACUAAUUCGUUUGUAGGAGAAGGCUGCAGAGAGGGUUAUUGAAGCAUUUUUGUCACAUUUCAGUGUUUUACACAUACUGACAGACUUGCAUCUUCUAUCCAUGUAAUAAAAAAGUUUUUAUCAUUACAUAACAGAUUAUGAUUGUGAUUGUUUAACACAUUUGACCAAAAACCUCUCUCAGGGCUGUGGAAGCAUUGUUUUGGUCAAUGUUUUUUAUUUUUCAUUUUAUUUACCAGUCAUGUCCUUUCAAUUACUUGAUGUUGUCGAACACACGUUUGCCUUUCAAAAAAAAGGAAAUCUUUAUAUGAUGAAAGUUUUAUAUGUGAUAGGAAAUGAUUUGACUUUCACGAGUCCAAUCUUACGUGUAGAAUAAAUGGACAAUUGUGCAGAGCAAGUCAGUUGUUUACUUGAAGCUCCAGUUUUCAGGCGUGUGAACUUGAGCUGUUUGAAAACCUCUGGAUUCAGAUUGACCGACCGUUUAAAUGCAAACGAAUCAAACUUUUGUAGCUGUUCUAUCCAUGUGGUCGCUCACUGUGCUAGUUUGUUUUAUGUCCUCAUUGCAAAGAAACAAACAAACAGAAAAUACUAAUAAAUUGUUCACAAAUUA